AUGACAUCAGAACUCAUAGCCAGCCACCGCGAGAACGCGAUCAUAGUCACCAGUGAAGAAGAUAUUAAGCAAAAAGCAGCUGAGCUGACGAAGAAUUUUCAGCUUCCAGGAGGGCUGAUCCCACUGGGAGAAGUUGCGGAGAUUGGGCACAACCCUGCAACUGGAUUCUUCUGGACCAUUCGAAGGAACAAGCUCGAGCAUUUGAACAAAAAGAUUGGCAAGAAGACGACAUUUGAGAAGGAGGUGACAGCUUUUUUGGAGGAAAGGAGGAUGAAGAAGGUGACUGGUGUCAAGUCCAAGGAGCUUAUGCUUUGGGUUUCCAUUACUGAUAUCCGCAUUGAUGAUCCUGCUUCGGGGAAGAUUAUCUUCACUGCGACUGCUGGAAUCACUAAGACCUUUCCAAUCUCUGCUUUUGAGGACUAA